UUUAUGUGAACAAUGUACAUAAAGAUGGAGAUCGGAUAGUCCUUGUGCAUGUACCAGAAUAUAGCCACAUAUUAUCUACAUCAUCACUGUUGACUGAUCCAACUAUUGUGUCUGAUCUCUUAAAAGAUAACGAAGAAAGUAUCCACGAGCUCAUCGAGAAAUAUUCUGUGAAAAUGAAGGAAAGCCACUUAAGUGGUCAUGUAAAACAACAGUGUGGUAAACCGGGAGAAGCUAUUGUAGAGGCGGCAAAAGAAGAGGGUGCAUCAAUGUUGAUAUUAGGAACAAGGGGAAUGGGUUUAAUCAGAAGAACAUUUACCGGAAGUGUGAGCGAUUAUUGCUUACAUCAUGCUGACGUUCCUGUUUUAGUGUGCAGACAUAAACCUCAUAUAAAGCAUACGAGUGACCAUCAUUCUUAAGUCAUCUUUAAGAAAUUACGUUUAUGAGUUACAUUUGCAAAACUCAUACUUUAGUGAUUUUGGAGUUAUAUCAAUAACAUUAAUUCAGUCAGGAUUUCACAUGGUAACAUUGCAUUGGUAAUCAUUAUUAUUUAGCUAUUUUGGACAGACUAUAAGGUGAAUCGGCCAUCGAGAUAUGACCAAAGAUUUUGUGUUAAAAUUGGCGUAACAAACAUAAUCACAAAAAAACUCAUGGAAAUUAUUAAGCUUUAAUCUUAUCCAACAUAUUAUUCCCUGUAGUUAUUUCAAUCUUCCAAAAGGAAUGAAAUUU